AUGAGUUAAUUGGUUUCUUGUGGCAAAAGCAUUCUCAUACAUGAUUAAUCAAUGGACCCUAUUUUAAGAAUCAAUCCACAUAAAUCUAGCAUUAAUUGUUGUAUAUGGAAUCACAAUAGUAUCUAAAAUUUAUAUUUUAUAGAUUGUGUAAUAGCAAGUUGCGGCAAUGAUGGUGUUAUAAUUUUGAGUCGAGCAACUGAUGGUUAAUCACUUUUGCCUUUAGAGCAUAACGGAAAAGCAAUUAAUGCAAUUUCAUUCACAUCAAAUAGCCAAUAUUUAGCAAGUGGAGGUCAUGAUUCAAUUGUGCGGGUAUGGGAUUUGAAAAAGAAAACUAUUCAAAGUCAUCUUAAAGGACAUUAUUCUUAAAUUAAUUCUUUACAUUGGAAUUCUGCAGACACUCUAAUUGCAAGUGCCUCUAAUGUAGGUGAUAUUCUAGUCCAUGAUGUAAAUACAUAGAUAGCAGUAUCCACUUUCAAUUUAAAAGGAUCCAAAACACCUGGAUUUAAAGCAGUUAAAUUUAUGAGCAAAAAUCUCUUGUGUUCAGGUAGCAAUGAUGGAUCUGUAACAAUCUUUGAUCUAAAUAAAAAUGAAUAUCAUUGCAAUUUCUCAUCUUAACAUACAAGUAAAGUAACAGGAUUAAGUGUUACAUAAUCAUUAGUUUGUAGUGUUGGAACUGAUUAAAAAUGUUAUCUUUACAGCAUUGUUGAUAAGAAGGUUACACAUACUAUUGCAUGUGAAAAUCCAUUGAAUUCUGUUGCAAUGUAAAAUGAUGAUUAUUCUGUUACUGUUGGUACUCUGUAUGGAUAAAUUUAUGUUUAUGAUAUAAGAAUGACUUAAAAACCUAAAUUACAAUUUAGGGGACAUGACAACUCUAGUGUUAACUUUAUGGAAUAUCAAAAUAUUGAAACAUAAUCUCAAUAACCUCCGAUAUCAUAAAGAUUAUUGAAUGAAAGCAAUUUGAGUGUACAAUCAUAAUUAAAAAUCAAUUAAGCAAAAACUCCAACGAUUUAAGAAAUUAAGAAAGAUAGUAGCAAAGAUUUAAAUAUUUUGAGUAAUAAAGAAUCAAUGAUCAAGAUUGAAUAAUAAAAGCAAAUUUAGUAUGAUCAAUGUAAACUAAAUCCAAUUUAUUUAGGUAAUAGUCCAAUCUCGUGUCUAAUCAAGUUAGUAAUCUAAAUUUGAUUAAUCUACUAGUAAAAUUGAGGAUAUAUCUAGAAAAUAUGAGAUAAGCAGAGUAAUUGGAGGAUAAAAUGAGUAUUUUUAUUAUUCUUAUUGUAGUUUUACUGAUGAAUAAAAGAAAUUUAUACAGCAAUAAAUAAAUGAAUAAACAUAUUAAUUAAAAAAGAUUGUUUAAGAUAGUGUUAGUUCAAUGCAUAUUGACAUGAUUAGAUAAUUCUAAAUUUAAUAAAAUGAAAUGCAAUAACUCUUGGAUCAAUAUAUGAAAGAACAAAGUAAUCUAGUUUAGAGAAUCUCAUAAUUAGAACAAGAGAAUCAAUAAUUAAAAAGAUAAUCAUAUUGAAAUACAUUAAUAAUUUAUGUUAUAAGUUUAUCUUGUUAGAUAUGAUUGUUAUAAAAUACAGCAACUCAUUCCAAAUAGAAUCUUUUGCAUUCUAUUUUAUGCUAUAUGCAUUAUUGAUUUCAUCUUACUUCUAUUUUCAUGUUCCUUUUUUAUUCUACCUAUCUAAUAAGAAGACAUUGAAUAGCAAUUUAUAAUUGAGAAAGUAAUUUUUAACUAUUUUAUAUAGGAAACUAUUGAUUGGAGUUUGAAUUUGAAUUAAAAGCAAUUUGGAUAAUACUCAAUCAUUGGCGAACUCAAAAAUUAAGAAAUAAGAUUCUUAUAAAAUCACUUUGAUCCUAAUCUUUAAAUCAAUAAUACGACAUACUUCUAAAAAUUUAAUUUUCAUUAAUUUUUUGGCUAUGUUGAUUAUAAGUUGGCUAAAUUGAUGUUACCUAAAACAUAUUGUCUGUAACUUUAUAUAUCAAAACAAAAAAAAAAAUAAAUUAUUAAAAAGUUGCCAUAAUGUAAUAACUUAUUUGGCAUACCUAUAUCUCCAUGGUAUUGGAAAGGAGAAAAAUUAUAUAUUUUGACUGAAAUAUGUUUAAAGAUAUCAAUUAAGCAAGAUAAAUUAUAUUUUGAAGGAGGAUGCUUUUAAGAUGGUUUUUUCUAUAAAGAACUAAUGGAUAAUGAAGCUACAAACUUUGAAAACUUAUAAUUGUAAAUAAGACAUAUUGAUGACCCAUAUAUACAUAAAAUUAAAAUUUCAGGGGAACCUUUAUAACCCUUUUAACCAUCACUUUAGUUAUCCUAUGUAUACUAUUCAUUCUUAUUUGGUGUUUCUGGUACAAUAUACAUGAUAUUAAUUUACUUCAUUUUAUCAUUAAGAAAAAGGAGUGAAAUUUAAUAUGUAUGA